UCGAUUCGGUUCCCGUAAUUUAUUGGAGUUUGCAGGUACGAAAUAGUCCUCAAUGUCUGGUCGUAGCGGGUACACCGGCGAGGGUGGGGAUUCGAUCAUGUCGUGGCCACGUUCUACUUCUCCUACCUCGUCGGAAGUGCAGUUAACCAGGCAAGCCGAUGAUCCAUGGUACAUUGCAUACCAAGAUGAAUCAACCCAGUGGUGUAGCCAGAGGAUGGAUUUGGAGGAGAAGGUGGCCAAUUUAGGUGAUGAAUUGGCCCGUAAAAACCUGAUGAUAUUCGAGCUGAAGCGUAUUGUGGAGGAAGAAAAGAAGAAUUCAGAGCUUAUUCGCAAGGAGAAGUUGAGAGUUGAGACAGAUCUUGCCGUAUUUGAUCAAGUGGUAGAAAAUCUAGAACAUGAACUUAAAGUGAUGGGAGAGGAGAAAAGUAGAUUCAUCUGUGCAGUUUUAUUAGGUGUCAUCCCUGUCCUAGCAGUUAUGUGGUUCUGGUAGACGAUUUAGUAUAGAAUUGUUAUUCAGUAGAUGGCUCUAACCACUGUAUUUUGUUGUG